UCGUGUACGCUGGAACGUACCCACCAGAACUUCACCGACUCAUCUUGUUCGAAAAGUGACAGUGUAAACUUGUUUUUCGUUAUGGCUCAUUUUGGAUUUGAUAGGUUUUCUGCAGGGCCUUUGUGGCAUAAUGGCCCAGCUCCCGGUGGAAUUUACAAUUUUCCUGGGCGUCAGGUUGAGGAUUCUGGACGUUUCAUAGAGCGAUCAAAGCAACCCAUUACGACUGGAACGUCUGUCAUUGCUUUCAAAUUUGAUAAUGGAGUUGAGAAGGGAGUGGCCAUUGCGUCUGACAUGCUGGGUUCAUAUGGCUCGCUCGCUCGCUUCAGAGACUGCCGAAGACUCUUCAAAGUCAACAAUCAAAUUAUCAUUGGUGCUGGUGGAGAUUACGCUGAUUUCCAGUAUGUGCAAAGUAUGAUUGAACAGAAAAACAUUGAUGAUGAGUGUCUAGACGAUGGAUUUAGCAUGAAACCUAAAGCAAUCUACACAUGGCUUACCAAUGUUCUUUACAAUAGAAGAUCAAAAAUGGAUCCAUUCUGGAAUAACUUUGUAGUAGCUGGUAUUCAAGAUGGUGAACCGUACUUGGGAUCCAUUGAUAAACUGGGAACUGCCUAUGUGGAUAACAUUAUUGGAACUGGUCUGGGUAUGCAAAUUGGUGUACCUCUUAUCAGAGAGGCAAUAGAGAAAAAGCCUGCUAUGUCAAAGAGUGAAGCUCAGCAACUGCUCGUUCACACAAUGGAAGUUUUGUUCUACCGCGAUGCCAGGAGUUUUCCCAAGUAUCAAAUUGGAAUUGUGACCCCUGAUGGAGUAACUAUCUCAGAUCCUCUUUAUCUUGACAACCAGAAAUGGGGAUUUGCGCUUUAUAAAAAGUGAACAGCAUGACUGAUGUUAAAUUCAUUUCACUGAUGGAAGAUUUACUUUAUUUGAAGAGAUGAAAACUGUGUCCUUCCAAUGCAACUUUUUAAAAAUAUAUUCCUCUUACGUUAAUAACAGAAGUUAUGUUUAAUUUAAUAAACUUGAAAUUUAUUUA